AUGACAAGACAUAUAGAAUCAUUUAAACCACUCCAAUUACCAAGUAAACUUUCAAAACAAUUCAGUAAAAAUGAAGAUGGAAGUGAUGAUGAAACCGAUAACAGUCGUUUUCAAAAUUUACCGGGUUACAGAGAUAAAUCUAGAAAAACAUUAACAAGAAAAGAACAAAGAAAACAAGAAAGAGAAGAUAAAAAAAAAAGAAAAGAUGAUUUUUAUAGAUCUAAAACAAAUAAAAAGCAAAGAUUAGACGAAGAUGGAAAUCAUAACCAACAACAAACAAAACAACAACCAAAACAACAACCAAAACAACAACAACAACAACCAAAACAACCAAAAAAAUCAAUUUCAAAAGUCGAGAAAGUUCAAAACAAAAUGAAACAAGAUGCAUUAAAUGAACAAAAGAAAUUAGCAUUUUUAAAAUCAAUUGGUAGAACUAAGGCUGAUUUGAUGUCAUCCGAUGAUAGAGAGAUUGCAUAUUUAGAAAAGAAAUUAGGUUUAAAUAAAAAGAAAGGAAAGAAAUCCGAAGAGGAUGAAGAUGGUUUAGGUGAAUUUAUGAACGAACCAAAUAAAAAAUCAAAACAAACCAAAUCACAAAAAUCCGUUACUGAUGAAAUCCCAGAUGAGGAAAAUGAUGAUCCAUCAUAUAUUAGCGAUAUUUUUGAUGAUUUAGAAAAAGCAUUGGCUGGUGGUUAUUCAGAUGAAGAUGAAGAGGAAAAUGAAGACGAUGCAUAUAAUUAUGACGAUGAUUUAGAGGCUGAACAAAAUGAUAGUGAAGAAGGCAAUAAUGAAGAUGAUGAAGAAGAAGAGCUUGAAGAAGAUCAAGAUGAUGAGGAAAUACAAGAUGAUGAAGCUGAGUAUGAAGAUCAAGAUGAAGAAGAUGUUGAUCAAGAUGAAGAUGAAGAAGAUGAAGAAGAUGAAGAGAUGGAUGAAGAAGAAAAUAAAAAAUAUAUAAAAGAAGAUAUUUAUGGUAGAAUUGUAAAUACCAAAACCGGUGAAAUUAUUAAAGAUAAUAAAGGUGUAAGCGAAGGAAGUGCACCCUCAAAUAAAUAUGUUCCACCACACUUACGUAAUCAACCACAACAACAGCAACAAAAACAAGAUCAAAAUGCAACAUCAAAACCAAACUAUUUAAAUAUAGAAGUUGACCCAAUUUUAAAAAAGAAAAUCAAUGGUUUAAUGAAUAAAUUAGCAAUUAAUAAUUUUUAUACAAUUUUUAAUGAAAUAUCAGAAUUGUUUGAUAACAACCCAAGAAAUUCAAUGAAACAGAUUUUAACUCAACUAAUUCUUACCAAUUGUUCAGAAAGCACUCAAGUAGUUCACAGUAUUAUUCAUAUUUAUACAGCAUUAAUUAGUGGUUUACAUUCAUCAAUCGGUACAGAUAUUGGAGGUCACAUCAUCGAAGCUAUUUUUAGUGAAUAUAACAGAAUUUACAGCGACUGUAACAGUAGCACAAGCUUAAUUUCAAAUUAUGUUUUAUUAUUUAUUCAUCUAUACAAUUUCCAAGUCUUAGGUAGCAAAAUUAUUUUUGAUAUGGCCAAGAACUUUAUAGAUUCAUUUAAAGAUAUCGAUGUUCAAUUAAUUCUAUUGUUACUUCAAAAUGCAGGCUAUCAACUCCGUGGUGAAGAUCCAGUUACUCUUAAGGAUAUCAUUUUAAUUGUACAAAAAAAACAACAAGAAUAUAAACAAAAAAGACAAGAAGAAAUUUUAAAAGACCCAAAUGCCGAAUCAAAACUCACCCCAGAAGAGCUCGAAAAAUCAGCAAAGCUUACAUUCAUGAUGGAUACUAUUAGCAAUUUAAAGAAUAAUAAAAUCAAAAAUACCAAACUCAUUGAUACCCUCACCUCAUUAAAGAAAGCCAUUAAAAGUGUAUUGAGGGCCAGAGAUUUAUCGAUGAACAGCAAUCAAAUGAAAAUUAGUUGGGAUGAUUUAGCUAAUAUUGAAACCAAGGGUCGUUGGUGGUUAGUAGGUUCAUCAUGGGCAGGUAACGAUGUUAACCCUUUAUUAGGCAUCACCUCAAAAGCAGCACAUCUCCAACCAACUGAUUCCGGUAUCAAAUUAAAAACAUUCGAAAACAAUUCAAAAUUACUCAAGUUAGCAAUUGCAAAUAAAAUGAACACCGAUUUAAGAAAAACAAUAUUUUGUAUUUUAAUGACCAGUGAAGAUUUCUCAGAUGCAUUCGACAAAAUUAUGGAAUUGAAAUUAAAAGAUAAACAAGAUCGUGAAGUAAUUCAUGUUUUAAUGCAUUGUUGUUUAAAAGAAAAGAAGUUCAACCCAUAUUAUUACCAUUUGGUUCAUCGUCUUUGUAUUCACGAUAGUAAUUUCAAGUUUACACUUCAAUAUUGUAUUUGGGACCACUUAAAAGAUUUAGAAAGCGAAACUGAUAUUAGUUAUAGAUUAAAUCAACAAUUACAACCAAUAGAAAUCGUUUUCUUUAGAUUACUUUUUACCUAUUUACUCACUUUACCCGACGAAUCAUCAGUAUCCACAAUCUUUGAACGUUUAGUAACUUCAACACAAUCUAGAAUUUCUGCAACUAAAGAAUCCCAAUCCAAUGCACUCUCCUUAACUAAAGGUAUUAGUAUAUUCUUUGUUCAUGGUUUAUUAUCAAGUAAUUCAAAAUCAGAACCAAACUAUAAACUUAUAAAAGAUCGUAUUAAAUUUGUAAAGAAAAUAUUUAAAUCAAAUGAAACUAUAUUACUUUAG